GAGGGUCAGGCCUGGGAAACCAAAGGCCCGGCUUGAAGCUUCCUGGUGGGAAAAAAACAUCCCUUGUACCCUCUAACAGAGGAGGAGCCCAGCUUACUAACAAAGCUUAUCUUCUGCGGUCACAUUGCUCAUUCUGUUCUUUGUGUUUGUGACACCCUCAACCACCCAGUCACUCUAGCUAGAAGGCCAAGAUCUGGCCUUGUUUCUUUUCUCCUAAAGUUAUAGCCUCCAAAUAUUCCUCUGCUUCAGUCCCUCUCUACUUACAAGAGCUUGGCCCUUGUUUGAGGCCAAACCAUGGCUUCUCCUUGGAUCGAUCACAAGGCUUCAGCCUAACUGGCUUUAGUCUUGAUAACCCAUCUCUCCCCUCCCCUCUCCCCCUUCCCUCACCCCACUCCCAGAUCCAUCUAGAUCCACCAGCCUCAGCAUUGUAACAGCUCCAAAUGGUGGUUCUUUCUGCUUAAAAUUUGUCACUGCCUAAGGAUAAAAAUGCAGACUUUUUAGCAUACAACCCAAAGCCCUUUGCAAGCUGGUUCAUUAGCCUUAGCCCCACUGGUCUCAUGCCCACUGAUCUGUUUGCUGACUAUAUACCUACAAUGUCCUGUGUAAGCUUGGGUAAGUGUCCCUGUUUCUCUCACUCUCAAAAUCCCAUUUGCGUCCUCCAGGACGCCUUCUCUGACUGCAUCCCUCCUUCAUGGAGGUUGCUUGUCUCUCCCUGUGUUUGUCUGCUGUGCCUUCUGUCUGCUCUGUCUUUGAACAUGUCCCAUUUCUGUAGGGUUUAUUUCCACUCUCUGUAAGCUCCUGGAGGGCAGAGGCCAUAAUCUUGCCAGCAUUGUCUCUGGUUCUUAAACCUUAGGAAUAUUGGAGUCUGCGAGAAGUUUUGAUGGCUUGGGCAUGUGAAGUGGUGGGUUCAUCUUGGUAGGCUCUGCCAGGCUUUGGGGAUGUCCACCUUGGGUGGACACUUCCACUUUAUUACAGGAGGCUGAUGACCUUGAACAAUUGUGCCUCGAUGAAACUGGAGGUUCAUUUUCAAAGCAAGCAGAGCUAGCUCUACCCACCUAGGCCAUGUUCUCAGCCAGAAAGCAGGGCCCUUCAUCUCAGAGUCCCCCAAGAGUUUGGAAGCAGAGAGUGGAGUACAAGCAAGGACUUGUGGCCUGGGCUUCUCUGACCUGACCCUGCAGUGCCUUUCCCAGAAUGAAGACUCAGAAGAGGAAGAGCAGUGUACCAUCAGUAGCCACUGGGCCUUCCAGCAGGAAAGUAAGUGCUGGUCUCCUAUGGGGUCCUCUGAUCUGUUGGCCCCACCGAGCCCUGGCCUGCCAGUGACCUCAAGCUGUGAGAGCGUUCUCACCGAGCUUAGUGCCACCUCUCUGCCAGUCAUCACCGUGAGCCUACCACCCGAGCCAGCAGACUUGCCCUUGCCAGGCUGUGCCCCCAGCUUGAGUGACCGGCCCUUCCUCAGCCCCACCCAGGGCCAGGAGGGUCCCCAGGACAAAGCCAAGAAGCGCCAUCGUAACCGUAGCUUCCUCAAGCACCUUGAGUCUCUGAGGCGGAAGGAAAAGAGUGGCAGCCAGCAAGCAGAGCCCGAACGUAGUCCAGCCGCCUCAGAGAAGGUCUCCAAAGCCUCAUCUUUCCGCAGUUGUCGUGGCUUCCUCUCAGCCGGAUUUUACAGGGCCAAGAACUGGGCCGCCACCUCAGCCGGUGGCAGUGGUGCCAACACUCGGAAGGCCUGGGAGGCUUGGCCAGUGGCCUUGUUCCGGCAUCCUCAGCGGAUACACCGGGGUGAUUGCCUGGUGCAUGUGCCUGGGGACCACAAACCAGGCACAUUCCCUCGCUCCCUGUCCAUUGAGAGCCUGUGUCCUGAGGACGGACACCGCCUGGCAGACUGGCAGUCAGGUAGGCGGUGGGGCUGUGAGGGGCGCCGGGGCUCCUGUGGCUCAACGGGCAGCCAUGCCAGCACGUAUGACAACUUACCUGAGCUGUACCCAGCUGAGCCUGUAAUGGUUGGGGUCGAGGCUGAAGAUGAAGAUGAUGAGGACAGUGGGGGCAGCUAUGCUCACCUAGACGACAUCCUCCAGCACGUGUGGGGGCUACAGCAACGAGUAGAGCUGUGGUCUCGGGCCAUGUACUCAGACCUGGGGCCUGGAGAUGAGGAAGAGGAGGAGGCCACUUCAUCAGUACAAAUAGCCACAGUUGAGGUCAAAUGCCAAGCUGAGGCUCUCAGCCAGAUGGAGGUUCUGGCCCACGGAGAGUCCCCAGCCUGGGCCCAGGCUGAAGUCCAGCCAGCAGUCCUGGCUCCGGCUCAGGCUUCAGCUGAGGCUGAGCCACUGGCACAGGAAGAGACUGAGGCCCUGGCCCCGGCCCCAGCCCAGGACAGUGAGCAGGAGGCACAUUCAGGCGGGGAACCCACCUUUGCCUCUAGCCUGUCUGUGGAGGAAGGACACUCCAUUUCUGAUACUGUGGCCUCCUCCAGCGAACUUGACAGUAGUGGGAACUCCAUGAAUGAGGCUGAGGCUGCGGGGCCCCUGGCUGGACUCCAGGCAUCAAUGCCCCGUGAACGGCGCGAUUCAGGUGUUGGGGCCUCACUUACCAGACCCUGCAGGAAGCUCCGUUGGCAUAGCUUCCAGAACUCCCAUCGGCCCAGCCUCAACUCAGAGUCGCUGGAGAUCAACCGGCAGUUUGCAGGCCAGAUCAACCUCCUGCACAAGGGCUCACUGCUGCGGCUUACUGCCUUCAUGGAGAAGUACACUGUGCCCCACAAGCAGGGCUGGGUCUGGUCAAUGCCCAAGUUCAUGAGGAGAAACAAGACCCCAGACUACCGGGGACAGCACGUAUUUGGGGUGCCACCCCUCAUCCAUGUACAGCGCACGGGCCAGCCACUGCCACAGAGCAUUCAGCAAGCCAUGCGCUACUUGCGCAGCCAGUGCCUGGACCAAGUAGGCAUCUUCCGCAAGUCUGGGGUCAAGUCUAGGAUCCAGAACCUGCGCCAAAUGAAUGAGACCUCGCCUGACAACGUCUGCUAUGAGGGCCAGUCAGCCUACGACGUGGCUGACCUGCUAAAGCAGUAUUUCCGGGACCUGCCCGAGCCCAUCUUCACCAGCAAGCUCACCACCACUUUCCUCCAGAUCUACCAGCUCCUCCCCAAGGAUCAGUGGUUGGCAGCAGCACAAGCCGCCACCUUGCUGCUCCCCGAUGAGAACCGAGAGGUGCUACAGACUCUGCUCUACUUCUUAAGUGACAUUGCCUCUGCCGAGGAAAACCAGAUGACAGCAGGCAACCUGGCAGUGUGCCUGGCGCCCUCCAUCUUCCACCUCAAUGUCUCUAAGAAGGAGAGCCCCUCUCCCAGGAUCAAGAGCAAACGCAGCCUCGUUGGUAGGCCAGGCCCUAGGGACCUGAGUGACAACAUGGCAGCCACCCAGGGCCUGUCGCACAUGAUCAGUGACUGCAAGAAACUUUUCCAGGUGCCCCAGGACAUGGUGCUGCAGCUGUGCAGCUCCUACAGUGCAGCUGAGCUCAGCCCUCCCGGCCCAGCCCUGGCUGAGCUGCGUCAGGCCCAAGCUGCAGGGGUAAGCCUGAGCCUCUACAUGGAGGAGAGCAUCCAGGACCUGCUGCGUGAUGCUGCUGAGCGCUUCAAGGGCUGGAUGAGCGUGCCAGGGCCCCAGCACACGGAACUGGCUUGCAGGAAGGCACCGGACGGGCACCCCCUGCGGCUGUGGAAGGCGUCCACAGAGGUGGCAGCCCCCCCAGCUGUGGUGCUGCAUCGUGUUCUCCGGGAGCGGGCCCUCUGGGAUGAGGAUCUGCUGCGGGCCCAGGUGCUGGAAGCCCUGAUGCCGGGUGUGGAGCUGUACCACUAUGUCACCGACAGCAUGGCACCCCAUCCCUGCCGCGACUUUGUGGUGCUUCGGAUGUGGCGCUCUGACCUGCCUCGUGGGGGUUGCCUGCUUGUCUCCCAGUCCCUGGAUCCUGAGCAACCUGUGCCAGAGUCGGGUGUGCGGGCCCUCAUGCUCACGUCCCAGUACCUCAUGGAGCCUUGUGGCUUGGGCCGCUCUCGGCUCACACACAUCUGCCGGGCUGACCUCAGGGGCCGUUCUCCUGAUUGGUACAACAAAGUCUUUGGGCACCUGUGUGCCAUGGAAGUGGCAAAGAUCCGGGACUCCUUCCCCACCCUGCAGGCAGUGGGCCCUGAGACAAAACUGUGAGCCUUGGGCUGGUCCCAGGGUGGCACCACUCAGGCCCCCUGGGCACCAAAGGAGUGAGGGGGAAUAAGAGCAGAGCAGCCCCCUGGGUGCUGCUGUCAGGAGCAGAGCCAGGCCCAGGUGGCUCCAGCUGCCUGUCCUGUCCCCUUUCCUAAAGCUCCUCUGCACGUAGAGGGGAGAAAAAGAGAAUUUAGGCAACUCUACUCCCCCUUCACCCCCAACCCUGUAUUCUACUCUCCCGAAAUGAGAAGAGAAUCACAUGAGUAGCAAGACUACUGCCGCCAGCCACCUGCCUGUGAGGCCGCCACUUGGUCUGAAGCCUCCACAGCUCCCCACCUGCAGGGGCAAAGAGGUCGACAACAGUGUGUGAUCCCAGCUCUCUGCCAGACUGAGAGGGCAAGCCGUCUUGUUUCCUGCAAGGGUGCUUUUGAGAUUGGACAGGAGGUUCUGGUCCUGCCUUUGGGGCCAACACUGGCCCUGAAGUGUCUUUUUCAGAGGAAUUGGACUGGAGUGAAUGGGCACAGGGGUGGAGCGCAGGGCAGCCCCAAUCACCAUGAGCUGUUUCAUUUGUGUAAAUAUGAUGCUGAAUUUUAAGAGGCUGAGUUAAGAGUGGGCACUGACAGGCCCCUAAUAAGCGACAUGACGAUUUGGCAUAGAUUGGGAUGUGAGGGUGGAGAAGCUUCCUUUCUCAAGUCUCAAGAUGCCAAUGAAACCAGUUUUCCCUGACUUGGGUUUCACACUUUAUCUGCCACCCCAUGGGGUCCUGUGUAGCCUUUGUCCACACACUGCCACUGCCCAGGCCAAGCAAAAGCAGAGUGUGGUUAAGAGACAAGGGUCUGUGUCAUCGUCUCUUUUGCUUAUGGUAGUGGGCUAACAUAACAGCCCCUUUCUCAAGCAGAGACCUGGCCCGUGGGCCAGACAGAUGGAAGGGCCUAUCUUAGCCAGCUGGAGCUUAAGCCAAACCUGUUCUGUCCCACUGGCCAGCCAUCUUUGCUCACAUGGAAAUUCAAAUGCCAUUCAAAGGCCACUGGUGCUUUAUUUUUCAAUCUGCUGAGUAAACUGAAAUGAGAUGGGUCCCAACCACCACUGUAAUUUUCAAGCCUAUUUUAUUUGUACCUGUAAAUACUGUACAGUUUAUAUAUAUAUAUAUGUAUAUGUGUGUGUAUAUAUGUGUUUAUAUAGAUACACACACACGUGUGUAUAUAUACACAUAUACACACACACACACACACACGCAUUUGCACAGACACACAUAUAUAUCAAUUCUCAUGAGUGUAUUAUAAUCUCUGGUGGGGGCAAGGGUCUGGAAGGCCUGAGGGGCAUUUCAGAUGAGAAUGGAGAGGUAGAGAGCCAGGUGCAGCAGGAUCCCUCAGAUCAAUAAAGCAUUACCAGAGAUGCAC